CGGGGAGACAGUGACGGUUGGAGGAAGACAAGAAGCUCAGACAUGGCGGAGGCGGUGAUCAGCUGAAGAGGGAGCGGCCCCGAGCGGCCGGACAACCCGGCGCUGAUGUUUGAUGCGGUCAGAGAGAGAGUAAGUGAAAUCCUUCAAGCCUGCAUUCAGGAUGGAAGCCAGGAAGAGGGAGCCAGCGAGGGAGAAAAACAAGGGGAGCAAAAAGCAGAGCUCCCAUAUCCUGUCAGGAUCAGCUGAGGCUGCAGGUGACCACACAAGAAAUGUAACUGAAGCCACGGGUUCAGCAAAUGAAAAGAGCAGUCUGGUCAAAAUAGAAGGGGUGUCAUUUGGUGACAAUGAAAAUCUCAAAACAUCUAAGAAAGGUUGGCGAACCGGAAAGGAUUUGUCCAAAUACAAUCAAGCGAGUGGGGGAGGGUCCAGGAACAGCAGAUACAGUUUGAGAAAGAGGGAGAGAAGAACUUACACUGAGGAAAGGGAUCUUCCUGAGGAUGACUAUCUGUCACCCAAUGUGGAUGAUUCUGAGGCUCAUCCUUCAGAGUUCCAUCAGAAACACAGGAUUAGACAUGCCAAGUUCCGCCCAGACACGUUAAGAACUCAAUCUGCUUAUAGCAUCAAUGUAUCUUCACUGCAGAGAGAUUGUCAGAGAUCUAUCACAUAUACAAUUGGAGAAAAGGGGUCUGUGCACACGGAAUCUCUGCAGAAUCACCAGAUCUUAGUAGAGAAACCGAAUCGAUGUGUCAAAAGUGGGAAGAGUUUCACACAGUCAGGGCACCACAAGACACACCAGCAAUUACAUAAAGAAAAGAGGAGGUAUCGAUGUUCCAAAUGCGGAAAGAGUUUCAUAAAUUCAUGGAAACUCGAGGUUCACCUGCGAUUACACACAGGAGAGAAGCCAUAUAAAUGCCCCGAAUGUGGAAAGAAUUUCACACAGUCAUGGCACCUCAAAGUACACCAGCGAUCACACACAGGAGAGAGACCAUAUAAUUGUGCCGAAUGUGGGAAGAGUUUCACAACAUCAGGGGAUCUCCAAAAGCACCAACGAUCACACACAGGAGAGAAACCGUAUCAGUGUGCUGAAUGUGGGAAGAGUUUCACAACUUCGGGGUAUCUCCAGAUACACUAUCGAUCACAUACAGGAGAGAGACCAUAUCGAUGUGCCAAAUGUGGUAAGCGUUUCAUAAGUUCAGGACAACUCAAGGAGCACCAGCGAUUACACACAGGAGAGAAACCAUAUAAAUGUGCCAAAUGUGGAAAGAGUUUCAGACAGUCAGGCAGCUUAACGGAACACCAGCGAUCACACACAGGAGAGAGACCAUAUCCAUGCACCGAGUGUGGGAAUAGUUUCAAAACAUCAAGGAACCUCAAGGUACACCAGCGAUCACACACAGGAGAGAGACCAUAUAAAUGCCCCGAAUGUGGAAAGAGUUUCACGCAGUCAGGGCACCUCACAGUACACCAGCGAUUACACACAGGAGAGAGACCAUAUAAUUGUGCCGAAUGUGGGAAGACUUUCGCAACAUCAGGGGAUCUCCAAAAGCACCAACGAUCACACACACAAGAGAGACCAUAUAAAUGUGCCGAAUGUGGUAAGAGUUUCAAAACGUCGGGGUAUCUCCAUAUACACCAUCGAUCACACACAGGAAAGAGACCGUAAAAAAGUGCCAAUAUAUCAAUGUAAUUUUGUUGCUUUAUUUACCUUUGAAGCAGAUAAUCUGACACUUCUAUAUGGUUCUCCAGAUAUGGUCAGUUAUUAUGUUGUGAUUGUGGGUUGAUGAGGGUCUUUAUACAGACAGUUUCACGAUAUUCCAGGCAGAGAGUCACUGAUUGCUGCAUUAACCAGAGAUGUGUUUUGUGCACGUGUCACUGGGAUAGCUUCGCUUGUGAGGAUUGGCUCUAACUGCUUAGCUGCUCUGCUUGUCGUGGGGGUGGGAAAGGGAUAUCAAUGUGCAGGGAACGUGGAGGGAUAUUGCUUUGGGGGGCAGAAAGGAAGUCCACUGUGUGGGAGACGGAUAUUAAUCUGUGUGUGGGGAGAGGGGUGUGGAGAGGGAUUUCAAUGUGUGUGAGAGGAGAGGUGAAGAGCUUGUGGGGGGGGAUAUUAAUAUGGGGGGAGUGGUGAGUUGAGUGUGGGAUAGGGAUGUUCAUGUCUGUGUGGGGUGAGAGAGAGGGAAGCUGAGGCGCGAGGGAGAGGGACAUUGAUUUGUGCAUUUGUCACACUGCUACCGUGGGGGUGAGGCUCUGUCCAGGUACAAGUUUACUGUAAUGAUGCAAUAAAUUCUUUAAGUAAUAUUCAAACAAU